UCCAUCCCCACCCCAACGACCUUACAACCCGGCGCCUACUGGAUCCGCGCCGUCGUCCCGCCCAACUACCACAAAUACCUCCAAACCAAACCCGCCAACCUUCCCGGCCCCGCCAUUCUCGACUCCCACACCACAGCAGGCCAAUUCAAUAUUGUCGACGGGCAGCUAGUCAACAAAGUGUCCAGUCCGCCUCUAUACCUGUGGGUGGAGGAACCGCCGACCAACUCAUCGCCGCCAAGGACGCUGGCAACGUGGUUCAAUACCACUAGAAACCCCUUUGGUACGUUUGCGUGGCAGGGGGACACGCUGACGUGGAGUGUACCGAGCAUCAAGAGGCAGAAUGUGGCGGCUUGGUUGGUGUGUAGUAAAAAGGAUCAGGGGGCGCUGUUUGUGAAUACGGGGGCUUAUGGGUAUCAGACGCCGAGCGGGUGUGCGGAUCAGACGAUGCACUAUUAUAACGACAAGAUUGCAAACAACUAG